AUGCAGCUCCGCGGGGUCCCCGUCGCCCUCCUGCCCCUUUGUCUGCUCUGCCUCCAGGCUGCGCUGCCGGCCCGCGGCCUUCGCGUCCGCUACGACGGAGAGAAGCUGAUCCGAGUGGUUCCUGGGAGCGAGCAGGAUGCAGAGGUGCUGAGGGCUGUGCUUCACAGGCUCCAGGUGGACUUGUGGCAGCCCAGCAGCCCCUCCCACAUUGCCGAAGGGACGGUCACCGACGUGCGAGUCCCCCGGAACACAUCCCGGAGCCUGCUGCCCUUGCUCCAGCAAGCAAACAUCCCCUACACGAUCCUCAUAGCAGACCUACAGCAAGCAGUAGACAACCAGACUGGACUGAGGCCACACAGAAGUCGAAGGUCCCUCUCUGGGUACAACUAUGAAGUAUAUCACUCCCUGGAAGAGAUCCAGGACUGGAUGCACCACCUGAACAGAACCCACUCAGAUCUUGUUCACAUGUUCUCUGUUGGGGAAUCCUAUGAAGGGAGACCACUCUUUGUGCUCAAGUUAGGUACUAGAUCACGGCCCUACAAGAAAGCUGUCUGGAUAGACUGUGGGAUCCAUGCCAGAGAGUGGAUUGGCCCUGCCUUCUGCCAGUGGUUUGUGAAGGAGGCUCUGCAGACGUACCAGACAGACCCUGCCAUGAGAAAGAUGCUCACCCAGCUCUAUUUCUAUGUCAUGCCUGUAUUUAAUGUGGAUGGGUACCAGUUCAGCUGGACAAACGAUCGCUUCUGGAGGAAGACGAGGUCGAGGGACAGGCGGUUCUGGUGCCACGGGGUCGAUGCCAAUCGCAACUGGAAAGUGAAGUGGUGUGAUGAAGGAGCCUCCCUGCACCCCUGUGAUGACACCUACUGCGGGCCCUUCCCCGAGUCCGAGCCCGAGGUCAGGGCUGUGGCUCACUUCCUGCGCAGGCACCGCAGGCAGCUCCGCGCCUACCUCUCCUUCCACGCCUACGCACAGAUGCUGCUCUACCCUUAUUCCUACAAGUAUGCCAUGAUCCCCAACUUCAGCUGCGUGGAGUCAGCAGCCUAUGAUGCUGUCACCGCCCUGCAGUCAGCCUAUGGCGUACAGUACAGAUACGGUCCCGCAUCCAGCACCUUGUACGUGAGCUCGGGCAGCUCCAUGGACUGGGCCUACCGGAGCGGCAUGCCCUACGCCUUCGCCUUCGAGCUGCGCGACACCGGCACCCAUGGCUUCCUGCUGCCCGAGGCGCUGAUCCGCCCCACCUGCACUGAGACCCUGCUGGCAGUCAGAGCCAUCGCCCUGCACCUGCUGGCCAAGUGCCGCUGA